UAUUCGUAACGAAACUUCUCCCACCUUUCCCUAGCCGAAAAGAAGAAGAAAGCAACAAUGGCUGCCGGUGGUGCAAAAUCCGAUGAUCCCCAGCCUUUCCCCGUCAAAGAACAGCUCCCUGGAGUUGAUUUCUGCAUCUCCACUUCACCUCCCUGGCCUGAAGCAUUACUUCAUGGGUUUCAGCAUUACUUGGUAAUGCUUGGGACUACUGUGAUAAUAUCAUCUACGAUUGUCCCUUUAAUGGGCGGAGGCUAUGAGGAGAAAGCUGAGGUUAUAAACACUCUUCUCUUUGUUUCUGGCAUAAACACGCUGAUGCAAACAUUCCUUGGAACCCGGCUGCCGGUGGUUAUUGGGGGAUCUAAUGCUUUCAUGAUCUCCACCAUUUCCAUUGCUUUAUCGACAAGUGAUAGCAGCGUCCUCGUUAAUCCUCAGCAGAGGUUUAAAGAAUCCAUGAGAGAUGUACAAGGAGCACUCAUCGUUGCUUCGUUUUUCACCAUGGUUAUUGGUUUCUUUGGCUUUUGGAGAGUUUUCAUAAGGUUUUUCAGCCCACUUGCAACUGCUCCUCUUGUGAUUCUCACAGGACUUGGGCUCUAUGCAAAUGGUUUCCCUCAUUUGUCCAGAUGCAUCGAAAUCGGACUUCCGGCAUUAAUAGCAGUGGUUUUCUUAUCUCAGUAUUCUCCCCGGUUACUCAAAUCCAAGGGAGCAAUGCUUGAUCGUUUUGCAAUCCUUUUCUCAGUUGCGAUUAUAUGGGUUUAUGGCGAAAUUUUGACAGCAGCUGGUGUUUAUGAUAAUAGAUCUCCAAAAACUCAGUUCAGCUGCCGUACCGACCAAUCCGGGCUCAUCGGUCCUGCACCUUGGAUAAGGAUUCCAUAUCCAUUUCAAUGGGGACGACCGAGUUUCAAUGCCGGUCAUGCUGUUGCCGCCAUAGCUGCCUCUUUUGUUUCUAUCAUUGAGUCUACUGGUACAUUUAUUGCGGCAUCGAGAUAUGCAAGUGCCACUCCUAUGCCACCUUUUGUGCAUAGCCGUGGGGUUGGUUGGCUGGGAGUAGGCCUUUUGCUCAAUGGUUUAUUUGGUACAGGAAUUGGCUCCACUGCUUCAGUUGAAAAUGCAGGUCUUUUGGGAUUAACAAGAGUCGGAAGUCGGAGAGUCAUUCAUCUAUCGGCAUUAUUCAUGCUUUUCUUUUCCGUAUUCGGGAAAUUCGGGGCUGUUAUGGCUUCAGUACCAUUGCCGAUUGUUGCUGCUCUGCACUGUGUCCUCUUUGCCUAUGUUGCUUCAGCCGGACUCGGUCUUCUUCAGUUUUGCAACCUAAAUAGCUUCAGAACCAAGUUCAUACUAGGAUUUUCUCUCUUUUUGGGCCUCUCAAUACCUCGAUAUUUCAAUGACUAUCUACUAGUAUCCGGUCAUGGUCCAGUUCACACUCCUUCUACAUGGUUCAACAAUGUGAUGCAAGUAAUGUUUUCAUCGUCAGCAACGUUGGCCAUUGUCGUGGCUUUUUUCUUGGACUGCACACUUGGUUACGGGGACACAUCGGUCGGUCGAGAUAACGGCAGCCAAUGGUACGAAAAGUUCAGGAACUUCAAUGCCGAUUCGAGGACUGAAUGCUUCUAUGCCCUGCCUGGAAAUCUCAGUAGGUUCUUCCCAUCUUACUAAACAUGUAACACCAUUAAUAGUUAGUGAUCAUCUAAGGUAUAUAUUAAAUUGGUGAAGCACAUAGUGUUUGAGUUUAUGAGAACAAUUUGGUUAAAGCUUA